AUGUGUGAAUGCUGCCGUUAGGCUGAAUAAUUUAGGUCACACAUGGAUGUUCGGGGAGCCUAAACUCGGUCGAACUGUUGGAAAACAGCCUGAACCAUAAGAAGGGGAUUCUUUUUCGUUAUCAUCUAAAAAAAUGGAGGGUUUUGAAGGAGCCAGCAGCGCCGAGGGUGUUUUUGACCUGUCCCGAUUGAAUCUGAACAAUCAGAGUUUGGACACGAUUAGCGAGAAACGACGGAAAGACACGAGGCAAUUGUAUCUGAGUUACAACCGAAUGACCAUUCUGCCCGAAUCAAUCUGUUUAUUCUCUAACCUGGAGUUUCUCGAUAUCAGUAACAACACGCUGUCGGUCAUCUGCGAGGAGAUUACCCGACUGACCAAACUCAAAACCCUUAUAGCCAAGAAUAAUCGUUUAACUGAAUUUUCCCUACCGAAAGAGUUUGGCUCUCUGCAGCUGGAAGUGUUGAAUUUUAGUGGAAACAGGUUUGAGGAGGUGCCGAGCCAGUGUCUGCAGCUGCUGAGACUACAGUCACUGUCACUGGGAGGGAACAGACUGAAGAGCAUCCCAGCAGAGAUAGAGAGUCUGACCAGCUUAGAGCUGUUGUAUCUGGGUGGUAACCAGAUCUCCUCCAUCCCUGCUGAACUAGCUAACUUGCCCUUCCUCAGUUACCUGGUUCUGUGUGAUAAUCGUAUCCAGAGCGUCCCACCUACACUCAACAGGCUCCAUUCCUUGCGCUCUCUUAGUCUGCAUAAUAACUUGCUGACGUAUCUUCCGAGAGAGAUCCUGAGCCUGGUACAGCUUCAGGAGCUCAGUCUGCGAGGCAAUCCCUUGGUGGUACGCUUCAUCAAGGACAUGACAUACGACCCCCCGUCCCUGCUGGAGCUGGCUGGCCGCACCGUCAAAAGCAGGAACCUUCUGUACUCGCAUAAAGACCUCCCGAGCCAUCUAGUCAACUACCUAGACAUGGCCAGCAAGUGCCCCAACCCCAAGUGUGCAGGCGUUUACUUCGACUCAUGCGUUCGUCACAUUAAGUUUGUGGAUUUCUGCGGGAAGUAUCGCCUGCCCUUGAUGCACUACCUGUGCUCCCCAGAAUGCACCUCUCCCUGCAGCUCCAACCCUCAGAGCGACGCCGACUCGGACGAUGACAACAGCGUUCCCGCCGACCGCCUUCAAAGAGUUCUUCUGGGAUAACCUCGCUCACCCCACACACGUCUCUUUCUCUCUGGCUUACAGUGUUAUCAGCAAGAACAUUGAACUUUACAGCCAGCUGGCCUGAAAACCUCUCAGCUGAAGCCAAAUCUUUUUGCCAAGGGAUUGAGCAAGUGGAAUCCCGCUGCAUUGUGGGAAAGACAUCUGCAGAUAGCUUCUCUUACAAAGGCCUUGCCUUGCAAAGGCAAAAUCAAAAAACACUGGUGGUUCAGAAUAGUUGUUUUAUAAAUUGUUAUAUUAACUGAGUUGCCUUGGUCAUCAAUCUGUUUAGCUCUUGCACUUUUGUAAUAUAUAGAGGACGCAGUUUAGGUACACUCAUGUCUUUUGCUUGACAAUAGGUUGCUUUGUCUCUCACAGGAGAGCGAUAACUCAGAUUUUCACACUACGCACAAAGAUUUACUGUGAAUUAAGAAAAACUAAGCUUUGAGAAUACUUGCUUUUUGGGGAUUUGAGAGGUUUAGAAAUAUUUGACUGUUUUCUUCUUGUUUGUAAUUGUGGCCUAUCAUAAUGGCUUACAGACCUCACUGUCAAACAGUGCUACACAUCUUCACGAACAUGUGCUAACAUGUCUGCAAGACAUCUUGUUUAAGCUUUCGCGUUUGCAUUGAAUAUGCUGACACCCUGUGGUUGCAUUAAAAAAAACUGGGGCAACGUUUGGAAUCUUGAGAUAAACGGUGACAAAGGUUACCAGGCGCUUUGUUUUGAAGGUUAUUUCUUCAUGUAGACCACUUCUUCAACAAUAGGAAAUAUGUGAUAUUGUUACAGAGCCAAAGGACAGAAUCGUGAAGUGUUUCUGGUAUUUCUUUUUAAACAGAACUUUAACACUUUCUGUUUGUACACUCACUUUUCUUUAGUUUCUUCACGUGUCUUACACUCUUAGGCUUAACCAAUACUGACUAAUGCAAAUACUUAAUGCAAUCAUUAUUUCAGAGUUUUAACAUUUAUAUCUAAGGCUUUUAUACUAAAUAAUCUUUUAUGAUGUUUUCUUUAUAUCAUUGACAAGCUAGAAUGUAUUUUAUUUAAGAUGAUGAAGGUCGAUUUGGAUUGCAUUCACUCCUCUAAUGGUUUAUAAACAUGUAUUUGCACUUCUUAUAUAGAGUACUAUAAUAAAAAAUAUUAAUUUGUGUAUU